AUGUCGCAGUCGGCGGACGAUGCUGCUGCUGCUGGCAGCGAAGCCAGCAGCAGCAGCAGCAGCAACAACAACAAUGUAGAAUUAAGGGAAGCAAAUCCAGAAGGGUUUUCAGGCUCUCUCCUUGACUGUCUUACAGAGGCACAGAGAGCCUUAGCCCAAAAGAACCAGUCCCUACAGCAGCAGCAGCAGCAACAGCUGCAGCAGCAGCAGCAGCUGCAGAUGCAAGAGCAUCCGCAUAUACAACAGCAGCAACAGAUAGAACAGCCACAGCCUGAGCAGCAGCAGCUGGUGCUGCAGCCAGAGCAUCAGCAGCAGCAGCAAGUUGUUGCUGGUCCGGGGGAUGCCGUGCAGGUGCAGCAGCCCCAGCAGCAGCAGCAGCAGCCGGAUCAGCAGCCGGAUCAGCAGCCGCACCAGCAGCCGCAGCAGGAGUCGCAGGAGCAGGCGGAGCAGCAGGAGCAGCAGCUACAGGAACAGGUGGCGGAGCAGCAGCAGCAGCAACAGCAGUUACAGCCGCCGCAGUUAGAGGAGCCUCCACAGCAGCAGCCAGGGCCGCAGCAGGAGGAGGAGCAACAGCAGCAGCAUGAACAGCAGCAGCAUCUGCAGGAGCACCAGCAGCAGCAGGAGCACCAACAGCAACAGGAGCACCAGCAGCAGCAGGAGCUGCAGGAGCAGCAGCUGCAGGAGCACCAGCAGGAGGAGGAGCAGCAGCCAGAGCAGCAGCUGGAGCAGCAGCAGGUGCAGCGGCCGGAGCAGCAGCAGGAGCAGCAGCUGGAGCAGCAGCAGGAGGCGUUGGCUGCUGCUGCAGCUGCAGAGCCGCAGCCUGCCAGCGGUUCGUCUUCUGGGUUUGCUGCUGCGGGCGAGGGCCCCCCUGCACAUAUGCUGCUGCACUCUGACAGCUGCUGCUGCUCUACAUCAGGCGACAGCCUUCCCAGCGGUGCUGCAGCAGCACUACGGGCCAUCGGGGCUGCGAAUGCAGCAGCAGCAGCAGCAGCGGCUGCUGCUGCUGCAGCAGAAGCCGCAACCACAGCACCAACAGCCGCAGCAGCAGCAGCAGCAGCAGCUUCCCCCGUCUCGGAGUCUCCGGGAAGCCGCAGGACGGCAGCAGCAGCAGCAAGAGGGAGGAGGCCAUACAAGCGGCAGGGAGAAGAGGCACCUGAAGCAGCAGCAGCAGCUGCAGCAGCAGCAGCAGCCACAGCAGCAGUCGAAGGGACCCCUAUUAGGCCCAAGUUGAGACGCAGCGAAGAAGGCAGCAGCAAGAGCAGCAGCAAGUCGAAGGAAAGCCCAGGAGAUAACAGCACAAACAGUGCAGGGAGUCCCUCAACACCAGAGAAGAAAGCAGCAGCAGCAGCAGCAGCAGCAGCAACAGCAGCAGGAUGUUCAGCUGGUACGGCUGCGGCUUCCCCUGCUGCAGCGUCACCUUGCCCCUCCGAGCAGCAGCAGCAGCAGCAGCAGCAACUGCUGCUGCUGUUGCAGGACGGCUCUAAAAAGCGCAUGAGGAGGGGUGCAGCAACUCGCGGCAGAGGUGGCAGAGCUAAAGAAGAAAACGCAGCAGCAGCAGCAGCAGCAGAAGAGGGGGAUUCACUCGACGUUGGGGCCUCCUCUCCCGGCGACUCGCAGCAGCAGCUGCAGCAGCAGCAGCAGCAGGUGGAGGUUAUUCCACAGCCUGCUGGGAGGAAGCGUCGGGCUGUGGGUUAUGUCUUUAUUGUUGAGAAGGGGCCGGGUGAAGACAGCAGCAGCAGCAGCAGUGCUGCACCAGGAACUAAGAAGGAAGAGCAGGAAGCAGCAGCAGCAGCAGCAGCAGCAGAAGCAGGCAGCAGAUUCUCCGCUCGCUUGCGGCAGCGCCCAGAGUCUCGCUUCUCUUCAGGGGUUGAGGGCAUCUCUGCUGCUGCUGCAGCAGCAGCAGCAGGUGGUGGUGCUGCAGGGAUGGGUGCUUCAUUUCCUGCUGCUUCUUCGUAUGACGGCGACGGGGGCGUGGUAGCUGCGCAUACACCGCAUGCAGCAGCAGCAGCAGCAACAACAACAAGAGGAGCAGCAAUGCCCCUCGACCCCACUACACGCCGUCGCUGUUUAGUUAGUCAGAGACGCAUCAAAGGUGUUGAAAGAUAUUUACAGCUCUGCGAACAGAUGUACUUCGGGUUUUGGGGCGGCCGCAGCAGCAGCAGCAGCAGCAGCAGCUGCAGAGGGGGGGAGGUCGAGGCUAUUCGCGGCGCAGGAGGAGUGCAUAUGGUCAGCAGCAGCAGCAGCAGCAGCAGCAGCGUUUCAGAGUUAUGUAAAGAUGAAGACACAGAAGUAGGUGCGGUGAUGCACCGCUUGAUUGUGUGUAACAACACGCAGCGGGAGCGUGCAGCAGCAGCAGCAGCAGCCGCAGCAGCAGGAAGUGGUGGUGGUGGCGGCGGUUGCGGCGGGGGUUCGUCGCAGCGCAGCAGCAACAGCAGCAGCAGCAGCAGCAGGGAUUCUCAGCAGCAGCAGCAGCAGGAGUCAAGCUGGGGGGUCUCUUCUUCGGGUAGUGGUUGGCAGCGGCGGAGCGGGAGCAGCAGCAGCAGCCAGCAACAGCAGCAGCAGCAGCAGCAGCACUGCCGAGUAAAGCUUACUCCAGUAGAGCUGCUGACAUCUCCUUUGAGGCAGCAGCAUGUAUUAGAUCUGUGGGGCCCUAAAGAAGUUGCAUUGUUUGAAGCUGGUAUAUGUAAGUACGGUAAAGACUUUAAUUUGUUGCAGCGGCUUAUAAAGACAAAGACAAGUAAAGAAGUUGUUGAUUUCUAUUAUCUCUGGAAGCAAACAAAUAGAUAUGCGGCGUGGAAGGAGCACAGAAACCUCUCCAAGACGAUGCUGCACUCUGUGUUUGGGUGA